UUUCUUUGUUUACAAUUCCUUUGCGCUGAUAGCCUUUCUGCACCAGCUUACAUGCUGUGAUUUUUGGUCGCCGUUGACUAUGAAGGAUACAUUGUCUUUUUCGGACAGAUAAGAUGAAGCUCUGUAGCGAAUUUCAUUUACUGUCCCCUGAAGUAACACUUUGAACCUAGAAAAGAAAACAAAUAAAAGUAACACCAUGAAUAAGGAUAUCACAACACAACUUCAAGUGCUUCUGUGUUCUCAUUGUCCGACUGAUGUGGAAUUCUACUGCAGGCCAUGUAAACAAAAUCUGUGUUUAGAGUGUAAGCAGAAACACGUUUUGUAUCUCGAUACCAAAGACCAUGAUGUUGUUAUUUACCGUUUAAAGCAUGGAGAAUUUAUAACACCAGAGUCAUGUGAUAGACACCAAGUCUGCAAAUAUAAAAACUGGUGCAAAUCUUGUAAACGUCCCAUCUGUGAUCCAGUUGAUGAACAUCAAGGACAUGAAAUUCUUGAUAUCAAAUUAGCCUGCACGGUUAAAAGACAGCAACACAAGGAAAGAAUUAUUCAAAUAAGAGGUGAUAGUCUCCCAUGCAACCGUGCCAUCCUAGCAGGUCUCGAAUCUGAUGUCAAAAAAGAUGUAAAAACCUUAAAAGCAAAACUUUCCAGCAUCCAACAAGAGCUUGUGGUUAAAGCUGAAAACUUGAAAAAAAUUAUCGAAAUACAUAGUAAAGCAGUAAAUGAUUUAUAUGAAACAAAUAUUUAUACGAGUUUUGUAAUGAAGCAUGAAAAAAUGAUAGAGUAUGUGCAUAGAUACGAGCAACUGGCAAACAAGCCUGUGAGGUUUCUUUUGUUUAUAAAGAAAACCCCUGUACCCAAGACAAUAGAACUUCCUGAUAACAUAAAGUGUAACUUUAAUAAAGAAAUAAGAAAAAGAGACACUCUAGAGCUACUAUUUGAAAUCAAAAUCACAGAGGCAGGAAAAAGACAAGUUAGAAAUGAACAUAUGUUGAGGCUGUUAAAAGGGGCUAUCCUUAAUACUAAGCAUGUUGAUGUGACUAACUUAUAUCACGGUGGACACAUUUCCUUUGUGACACCAGAUAGGAUUUGGGUCAGUGAUGGACGUAGUCUCAUUUUGACGAAUUCUAAAGGUAACAAUCUACAUCAUUUAUUUGAUGUAAGUGAAUACUAUGGUGUACAUGCAGUAAACAAUGCAGGAGAGUUGAUUUAUGUAGACAAAGACUGGAACAUUAACAAACUAAGUGCAGACAAUACUACAAAGUCGACAUUGAUAAAGAGAACAGAACUAUGGGAACCAUGGUGUAUUUGUUACUCAGCCUCUACUGGAGAUUUGCUGGUCAUGAUGAGAUAUGAUACAAAAAAUCCCACCAUACCAUUAUCAGAUGUGAAAGUCAUUCCAAACCAUCCAAUACCACAAGACAGGCAAACCAUUAUAUAGAGAGCCUAUCUAUAUCACGGAGAACAGGAAUGGAGAUAUUGUUGUGUCUGAUUCACUCAGUGGUGUUGUGGUCACAGACCGAAAAGGAAAAUAUCGUUUCACUUACACAGGACUGCCGAUAGGAUUGACCAUUGGAUUAUUUAUGCCAAGUGGAAUUUGUGUAGAUGCAUUCUUAAAUAUCCUGAUCUCUGGUCGAUUAGACCAAACAAUAUACAUGAUUGACAAGGAUGGUCUCCUUCUGACAUUUCUAUCGACAAAACAAGAUGGAAUGGUUGAGCCAUUAGGUUUGGGAUAUGAUGAGAAAAAUCAUCUUGUUUGGAUGGGAUCAGGCCAGACCAACAGACUGCGUGUAUACAGACAUAUAGAACGACAAAAUUAUCUUGCAUAAACUUUAAUUUACCAGUGUUUGGCUAACUUGUUUUAUAUCAAUUGGUAGAAAUUUUUGAGCUGAAUUUGACUACAGAAUGUUCCGUAUACUUACUCAAUAAAUAGGGCUCAAGGCAGGGUUGUGACAGGUCAACAGGGGAUGCUUACAUCUCCCAGGCACCUGAUUCAAGCUCUGAAAUUCCAUGUGUCCCUGUUAUGCGCUGU